AUGUUAGCCGAAAUCGAUAAUCUUGACAUCCAUGUGAUCGUCAAUGACGAACUCAACCCCAUAUCCCCAAGCCCCAAUGCUGCCGUGAAGGUAGCAAGUCGGUUUAUGGGCAUUCCCCUUACGCCAUUGAGCUCGGAGCUUGGUGGAGCAACUAUGGAAAUGUGCAUGGAUAAUUUUUUCUGUGCAGCUCAUGGAAUUUCUUUGCUUCUUAACACAACUAAGGGUGAUAAGAAGCACUAUCUCUUGUUCGAUGCGGGUCCCGAAGGCGAGGUCUGGGAGAGAAAUACCCAUCGCCUCCGAACGGAGAUCGACGAUAUUGAACAUAUUGCCCUAUCCCAUUACCACCGAGAUCACUCAGGCAGUCUAACCAAAGCAAUCGAACUGAUCAAGAAGAGCAAUGAUGGUGACAAGCAGGCAGAUCGCCCGAUCUCCCUUGAGGCUGAUCCCUCAUUUGAAGAAUUGGAGACUGCCGGGGCGACUUUGUUGAAAAGUGACCAGCCUCAUACUGUCUUGGAUGACCUUUUCCUCAUCUCUGGGGAGAUUCCUCGCCAGACUACGUACGAAGACGGUAUAUAUGGGGGAGUGUGGUUCAAUCCGUCUACUGGGCAUUGGGAAGAGGACACUUGGAUCAUGGAAGAGCGGUAUAUUAUGUGUAAUCUCAAAAACAAAGGCCUCGUAGUCUUCACCGGCUGCGGCCACGCAGGUAUCGUCAACACCUGCCACGAUGCCAUAAAGCUGGGCAACGGAAGCUCCUUGUACUCAGUUGUUGGUGGGUAUCAUCUUGCCGAUGCGGAAGACGCUAAAUUGAAUGCUACAAUGGAAGAUUUGAAACGGUUCGAGCCUAAGGUUCUGCUUGCGGGACAUUGCACGGGCUGGAGGUUCAAGUGUCGUAUUGCGAGGGAUCUGCCAGAUUGUUUGGUUCCUUGUUUUUCGGGGAGCAAGUAUACUUUGUAG